UAGUUAUGGUCAACUCAACUGUUUGAUUGAUUUUACAGAUACUUAUCCCACUUCCUACAAGAAUGAAAUUUUAAAAUACACGAAACGUAGGACAGACGAUUAAGUACAAUAUUAUAGACAUUGAAGAUAAGACACGAAUCCACUGUGUCGAUUUAAACACAAAGAGUCAGUUUGCGAUUCAAUAGAGAUCUAGAAAAAUGAAGAUUUUAAUUUCCUGUUUAUUUGUGAUUAUUGGAAUAAUAUACGUAAAUUGUCAGAUUCCAGGUGGAUGGAAUCAUAUAGACGUUGAUACCAUCCCAGAUAUAGUAAUAAAGGCUGCCAAGGACAAAUUGGACUCGGAAAACAUUUUGUUUAACACCACCACCGUUGUGAAAGCAGAGGAGCAGGUUAUAAGUGGAUGGAAUUUUAAAUUUACAGUCCGACUAGACAACCAAAAAGAAUGCCAGUUUUUCAUAUUUUACAAAUGGGAUUGGACAACGACUAUACGAGAAUUCCAUUGCAGUAACUGAUAGAAUAAUGUAUAGGCGUUCGCUUUCAAAUCAAUAAAGUGUUUAGAUAUUUCUAUG